UCUCGGCGGUUGGUGGAAGCGUUUCGAGAUGCCUGAGCCUGCGAAGUCGGUUCCCGUGCCUAAGAAGGGGUCGAAGAAGGCCAUCACCAAGACCCAGAAGAAGGGCGACAAGAAGCGCAAGAAGAGCAGGAAGGAGAGCUACUCCAUCUAUGUCUACAAGGUCCUCAAACAAGUCCACCCGGACACGGGCAUCUCCUCAAAGGCCAUGAGCAUCAUGAACUCCUUCGUCAGUGACAUCUUCGAGCGCAUCGCUGCUGAGUCUUCCCGCCUGGCCCAUUACAACAAGCGAUCCACUAUCACUUCCCGGGAGAUCCAGACCGCUGUUCGCCUGCUGCUGCCCGGGGAGUUGGCCAAGCACGCCGUGUCUGAGGGCACCAAGGCCGUCACCAAGUACACCAGCUCCAAGUAAACUUGGGGGGGAAAACCCUCCACUUAAACCAAAAGGCUCUUUUAAGAGCCACACAAAUUAUUUUAAAAGAUGCAAUCACUACUGAG